UUGGCGGGGAGCGCGGCCUCUCAGCGUGAGGGGGUGAUGGCGGCGCCCUGGUGCUGCUGUCGCGGGCGCUGAUCGCCCCCACCGCCCCGGGCUCCGGGAACAGCCGUCCAGUUCCGCCGCGCCGGUCCGGCAUCCUGCAGAGGAGAUGUGAUAGCGUGGGGUGGAUCCAGUUGGCUGUCGCGGCACCCAGGAGGCGAUGGAGCCGCUCCCCGAGCUCUACUCCAUCUUCCAGGGCGAGGUUGCUGCAGUGACAGAUUACGGGGCCUUUAUCAAAAUCCCAGGCUGCAGGAAACAAGGCCUCGUGCACAGGACUCACAUGUCCUCCUGCCCCGUGGACAAACCCGCAGAGAUGCUCGACGUGGGGGACAAGGUCUGGGUGAAGCUCAUCGGGAGAGAGGUGAAGGAUGACAAGCUGAAGCUCUCCCUCUCCAUGAAGGUUGUUCACCAAGGCACGGGGAAGGACCUGGAUCCCAACAACGUUUCCCUUGACCAGGAUGAGAGGAAGAAACGCACCUUCAGGGACUACACGAGCCAGAAGAUCACCCUGGAGGCUGUGCUGAACACGGUGUGCAAGAAGUGUGGCUGCAAAGGUCACUUUGCCAAGGAGUGUUUCAUGCAGCCUGGAGGAACCAGAUACAGCCUCAUUCCAGAGGAGGAGGAAGAGGAGGGGGCAGCAGCAGCACGUGAAGGGGACAAAAAGAUCAGCCAGGCUGAGGAGUCUUCAAAAAAGAGGAAAAAGGAGAAGAAGAAGAAGAAGAAGCACAAGGCCAGGCAGUCCUCGGAGUCAGACUCGGACAGCUCGGCCUCGGACAGCGACGGAGCUCAGCCCUCCAGCAAGAGGCCCAAGCACUCCAGGAAAACCCAGAAGGCUCCCAAGAAGAAGAAGAAAAAGCACAAGAAGUAGCCCUGGGGGUGAGCAGCGCCAGGCUGGGCUGCUGCCACGGCCAUUCCCUGGUGCAGCCAGCAGGGACCAGCAGCUCCUGCUCCAGGGACGGGGAGUUCAUUUCAAAGUAACAUGAGGUGUUACCGGUGUUGACUUGGCUACGAGCUGUCCCCUGUCACCUUGGGCACAGGCUGCCCCUUUGUCCUACAGCUGCUGCCAGCACAGGCUCAUGACACCCUGCGGGGCACCCCUGCUGUGCCACAGCCUGUGACAGCUGAGGGACAGCAGCCCUGCAGAGCUUGGGGUGGCGCAGCCAGGCCCACACCGUGCUGGGGACAGGGUUUGGUGUUGCUGGGCACCGUGGUGGGACCACAGCCCCCGGCACAGAGCUCUGGGCUGCAAAGCUGCCCCGGCUCCCUCGGUCUCUGCAAACAACUGGGAGUGGAGGAGCAAGGAGCAAAUGGGGGAGUGGAGAUACUGGGAGUAAACAUGGACUGUGGAGUGUUUGCUGCCUUGGAAAGGGAUGGAAAAUAAAUCUCUGCUCUCUCCCGCUGUACUUUGUACCUGCUCCUUUCUUCAGUACCCUCCAUUGCCUUCAUCUUGGGCAGGGGGAGAACAGUGCUGGCUGUGUGGAGGAGAUGGGAAGGGUUUUUUUUGGGAAGUUCUGGCUGCUGCCCCAGGUUCCCUGGGGUGGGAAGGGGGAGUGUGGUGAGGUAACCCAUAGGAGAAGCCUUCUGGAGGGAGCAUAAAUCUUGUAACUGGAGCUGAAGUCAGGGGAAGGGAUGGCAGGGGGAGAGUGCCAGGAGCAGCUCAGCCCUGCUGGGACAGAUGUGGAGGGGGGAAGGAGCUGCCCCUGUGGCCUCUGCUCUGCCGGGAGCUGGGGUUGGCAGCUGUUGGUGUGGCAGGAGGAGUUGGGACAGCUGAUGCAGCCUCCCCUUAUCCCUUUUCCUUCCCUGUGCUUCCCACCCCAGCUCCCCAUGGCUGCAUCCCCCUUUGGGGCCAUUUCCCUUCCCAAGCCCGGACACAGGAGCUCAGGGCUUUGUUCCAGGGCAGCCUGCCCCUCUGCUGGGGCUGGGGGCUCCCUGCUGCCCCGGGGGAUUGGCCUGCCUGGUAGGGGCAUUCCCGGGGAGCGCAGGG